AAGUCUUACGAAGUAAUCCUACUCAAUUUUGGAAACGGAUUCCCACUACAAAUCCUACGCGAACCAUCGCCCUUGUAUUAUAUAAAUCGCACAGGCCAUACAAGCUUUUGUAUUACAAACUCAACAAAGUGUGGUGCUAAAUUUACCCAGGAGGAAGCCUUUUGUAUUACAAACUCAAGAAACUGUGCUGCUAAAUUUACCCAGGAAGAAGCUUGGUUUUUGAGUUCGAUCGCCGGAAGAAGAAGAGAAGAAGAAUCACGGUUACUUGAAAAACAAGAAAACAAGGAGAAGGAGCAAUAAGGAAUCGAUAUGGAGUCGCAAAAGAAGAUGACAGAGCGUCCCUGCUGCGCAAACGGUUGCGACUUCUACGGCUCUGUGGAGACCAAGAACCUGUGCUCGCGAUGCUACAGAGAUUACCUGAAACAAGAGUCCCGAGAGAAUAUGAGGGCAGAGUCCGCCAUGGUGGCUUUAAUGAAUAACCUUGAUAGGGGUUCCGUCGCUGGGCGAAUAAAUCCCUUGCCUUCUUUGAAAGCAUCAAACUCGGUUUCUCCCUCUGUCGCUGUUGCUGGUUGCUCCAAGAGUAGUAGUGGAUCAACCUCUGUGAAAAAUAGGUGCGAAAGCUGCAACAGAAAGGUUGGAGUGCUUGGCUUUAGCUGCCGGUGUGGUGGUGUGUUCUGUGGGACGCAUCGCUACCCAGAAAAACACUGUUGCCAUGUAGAUUUCAAGAUGGCUGGACGAGACGUUUUGGCCAAGCAAAACCCACUUUGCAAGGGUGACAAGCUAGAAUGCAGGAUUUAGAGAGAAUGAAGUUGUGGUAAAGAUUGGCAUGGCUGAAUUUGUUUGUACUUUUAGAUAUUUUGUUUGAUUUCGGAAAUAGAUAUUUACGUUCUUUCUGUUCGAUACCAA